AUGCAGGACUUGCGCAGUCUGAAGCUUGAAGCGGGGCGAUCCCAGCAUGAGGUCAUGGAGGAGAUCGACACUUUCCUCGACCGCUUCGUGCUAAGCCGAAUUGGCAUUGAGAUGUUGAACUCCCAGUACCUCUCUCUCUUCCAGCAGAGCACGGGCAUCGCUGAUCCUCACUGCGAUCCCUGUGCCAUUGCUCGGAAGGCGGCACGCUUUGCCCGGAAGAUCGCGUCGGAGGAGUUUCCGGGCUCCAUUCCGGAGGUCGACGUGACCUUCCACGGGAAGGCGGACGCCCGGACUCUACCGCUGGUGCCCUCGUAUUUGAUGUAUAUCUUGAUGGAGCUGCUGAAGAACAGCGUUCGAGCAGUGGCUGAGCAGCACCAGCUGGGCUCGCCGCAAGCACCGGUGCCUCCCAUCGUGAUCCGCGUGGCCAGCGACGAGUCGCAAGUGGUGAUGGACAUCUUCGACCGCGGCGGGGGCAUCCCCUUCCCGCUCCAGCAGAAGGUCUGGAGCUACAUGUACUCCACCCGGAGGGGCACCCGCGGGGCGGUGGACAGCGAAGCAUCGGAGGCCACGCCCUUGGCGGGCUUCGGUGUGGGCUUGCCUUUGUCCCGGCUCUAUGCCGAGUACAUUGGUGGCUCCUUGCAGCUGGUGAGCAUGCCCAACUUUGGAACGCAUGCGUUCCUGUUCCUGGAGAGGUCUGACAGCCGCAAGGAAGGGAUGCCCACCUACGUGAACUGGUUGCGCAAGCGACAUUUGCUCGAAGAGUUGUUCGACAUCGAAGCCCGGAAACGAGCCGCGGCGGAGAUCGAGGACUACGCAGAGGUGCACCACUUCUUCAACUCCGCGAUGAUUUUUGAUUGGUGUUUAUUCUUCGUGGCGGCCUGUGUGGCCGUCGUCUAUCGCCGCUUUUUGGCGCCUGCCUCACCCCAUGCCUCCCUCAUGGGCUGGUUGGCUUUGGGCGCGGUCUAUGCUUUGGUGAUUUUCCUUCACAUGGGAUCUCACCAUGGAUCGAACUGGCUGGCAGGGUACUUCUUAGAGCUGAUCUUCUUGGUGGAGAACGUCUUUGUCUUCCACGGCAUCGGCGAAGCCUUCUGGGCCUCGCCCAAGCAGGUCUCCCGCUGUUUGGUUCUGGUGGCCUGGGCCCAGAUUUUCUUCGAUGUGGUCUUCUACAUGGGCCUCGCCGAGUGGUUGAGGUCUUGGAUCUUUUUGCCAUACCUUCUGGGCCUGUGGCUCCUGAGCUUGGGUGUCUCAGUGCUGGGCCACGAGACGGCUGGAUCACCCGCCGGCUCACCCGUCCCGGGUGGAUCCGCAGCUGCGGCGCCACGUGACACGCCGAGUGGCGCUGCAUCAGACUCCUCUGAAGCUCCCUCCAGCCCAGCUGCGGAUAUGCUCAGGAAUGUCAUGGGCAGCCGCCUCGACAUGGAUGGGCAUUGUGACUCAGGAUUCCUGGUGCUGCGCGAGAAGGAGAUCAGGGUGCCGAUUCUGGACGUCGUCACUUGCGUGCUUUUGCUCGCGGAUUUCUUCCUCGACAUCGACGUGGUGUUGACCAAGAUCGAACAAAUCCCCAACACCUACGUAGGCUUCAGUUCCUCCGCACUGGCCGCGUUGAUGAUCCCGGAACUCUUCGCUUUGAGUCAGGAGAUGUUAUCCUGCUUCCCGCUGCUGCAUUAUGGGAUCGGCGUGAUCCUUUGCAUCUUUGGCCUCCAGAUGUUGCUCCAGGAUUUGCUGGUGAUUGAGCCCUUGAUCUCUUGCGCCUUGACGGUGCUCAUUUUGGCCGCUUGUGUGGUCACCUCUGCGGUACGAGAUCACUGGAGGUCGGACCUUCUCGGUGGAGUACACCGCAUCGGGCUCCAGGAGACCUCAGUCCCACCGACACGAAAUGAGUUCGGUGCUUUGCGCCUGAAAGGCUUGGCUGUCGAGGUCCGAGCCAAGCUGAAAGAGUUCGAGGCAGGUUUCGGGCUCACAAGCGAAAAGAACAUCAACCAAGAGGAUAAUCGACCGGUCCACGCCAUGCGACCGGGCCGGCUCGCGGCGGCGCGCGCCCCGCACGGAUCCUGGGGGCCCGCGCUGCCGGGCUGGCGAGCCAAGAGCUGGCAGUUUCAGGGCUGGAAAGACUGCGACCUGGCAGCGCGACAGCGGAGCCGGAGCCGACCGGUAGGUUACUUGGCCUUCAAUGACCCACCAGGCGAGAUGUUGCACAUCAUCCUGAGCUUGCUCCGAAGGCAAGAGGAGGUCGACCAACUCCUCAGUGUUGCUGGAUCCUUGAGCGCGCUGAACUUACUCCUUCCUUUGCGCCCAAAGCAGGCCUUUCCGUCGACAUGA